AUGCAAGCUUUUACCGAUAUUAGAACCUAGUAGUAUUUUGCCUUCUCUGUGGGUUCCGAUAUCCCCUAUGGUGGCUUGACCAAUUUCAUGAAUAUUUUGAUCAAGAUCGAUUUUGCUUAUAACACCGCCGAUUCCUUAAUCAUGACAAUGCUCACUGGCGCUGUCGAGCUUAUUGCAUGUCCUCUAUUUGGGUACUUGUCUUGUCGUGUGUGCACGGAGAAAGGUUCCAUUUUUGCCGUACAGAUUGGCUUGGGAUGUCAUUGCAGCUCUCAUCAGUAUUCUCGGUAAAUGCCUGCUGGCGUUAGCUCACAGAUCCAAGAAUGCUACGCUGACAGGUGCCUACGUAUUCUGUCAAUCCCGUCUCCUUCAUCUGUGUACUGUCGAUUAUCAGUUCCAAUACGCUAGUUUACAGUAAGGAGUGGAGUGUCUCCUCCAUCAACUUGGUAUCUUACGCAGCUCCUAACUUGGCAGGUCCACAAACGUCUGUUCCAACUCAGGCGCCAGGCUUUACAGGAGCCACGAUAGCUAUAUUGGUGCGUUACGCUGGAUCAGUGGUAGCAUUAUCCAUUUUGUCCCUUGUCAAUUACAAAGAGAACAUGAGAAGAGAUGAAAGACUUUCAGAUGAUGUUGUUAUCGAACUUCUGUAA